GCUGCCUGCGUCCGGUAGCGAGCGGGGUGGAGCGAGCGACCAACCCAAAUCGAUCGCUCCUCCGCUGCCAGCCACCGCAACAUGUGGGUGACGUCGAUGCCGCAGGUGUGGGAUGAGGAGGGCGCUGCCAAGCGCGGCGUCGUGACGCCCGCGCCGGCCACCGCGCUGCUCGGGUCGCUCGCCGGGUGGGUGUCCCGCGCCGUUGAGCCGCCCGCGCCGAGGCCGUGCGGCUCCGAGGGCGGUCCGCCGGUGACGGCGCCCAGGCUCAGGCUGCGCGACGGCCGCCACCUCGCCUACUGCGAGAGCGGCGUGCCCAAGGACAAGGCGCGCUUCAAGGUCGUCUUCUCCCACGGCUUCACCGGCUCUCGCGAGGACAGCGUUCGCGCCUCCCAGGAGGUGGCUGAGGAGCUGGGUGUGUAUAUGGUAGGCUUUGAUCGCGCAGGAUAUGGCGAGAGUGACCCAAACCCCAACCGAUCUGUGAAGAGUGCUGCCCUUGAUGUUGAGGAGCUUGCAGAUGCUCUGGGAUUAGGCCCCAAGUUCUAUGUGAUCGGCAUCUCCCUCGGCUGCCAUGCCGUCUGGGGCGCCCUCAAGUACAUCCCAGAAAGGAUUGCUGGAGCGGCCAUGAUGGCGCCAGUGGUGAACUACUGGUGGCCAGGGUUCCCUCCCGAUAUGGCUGCCGAGGUGUACAACAAGCAGGAAGUGGGCGACCAGUGGGCGCUGCGCGUGUCACAUCACACACCCAGCAUUCUCCAUUGGUGGAUGGAGCAGAGCUGGCUUCCCACCUCCACCGUCGUGGCUGGCACCACCCCGCUCCCGAACAAGCGUGAUGCCGAGAUCCGCAGGAAUAUGAAGGCAGAUGGCACCUUUCAAAAGAAAAACGAGUUGGCAACGCAGCAAGGCAUUCACGAGUCAUACUACCGCGACAUGACGGUGAUGUUCGGCAAGUGGGAGUUCGACCCAAUGAGCUUGCCAAAGCCGCCAUGCCCGGUGCAUAUCUGGCAGGGCGAUGAGGACGGGCUUGUGCCGGUGGUGUUGCAGAGAUACCUCGCCUGCCGACUCAGCUGGGUGAACUACCAUGAGCUCCCUGGAACCGGGCACUUCCUGUCUGCUGUUCCUGGGCUUGGAGACACCGUUCUUAGGACUAUUUUCGGUUGAGUAUAUGUAGCAGUCAGAAGAAGAAGCAGCAGCAGUUCAGAACGCUGAUACUAAGUUAUAGUGUCCCGGUAAAUUUACUUCGUUUAAAGGUUAAGGCUGUUCGUUAUUCGCUGAUUAGCGAUGAUGAUAAUAUAGACGCAAGGGCAGUGUAAAAUGAGCCGCUCUUUUCUUUUCUUUUCUUUUUGGCUUUUUUUGGUUGUAAAAUGGCGUGGCCCAGAUGCCCGCGCAAAAAUGUUCUUUGACCUUGGAAAGAAAGUGACAGUAUUAUACAAUAUGGACUCUUUGUUUUGUA